CCGCCUCCAUUUCUCGCCCGCCCCUCCAGAAAAUUGUUGGUAACCCCUAAGCUGGCUUGCUCGUAGACUGUGGUUUCAUCGCUUAAACCGCUGGUGUGGUCAUGACAGCGGUAAAGAAAUAAACUAGGUGAAGGCUGGCUGUGUAAAAAUGAUCUAAUCAGAGCCAAUAGGAAUCUUGUGUCGAAGGAGAUUAUAUUUUGAUUUGUCAACGUACACACAGAAUUGCCCCUGGAUUUCUAGCAGUUGGUGGGUUGGAGAGAGUGUGACAUUACCCUGCCUGUACUCCAAAUAUGAAAACCAUUUUGUCUUGUCCUUUAUGAAACAUGAACAGGCCAAGAUUUGAACUGAAAUGACUAUUUAAAUACAUGGAAGAAGGCAGUUAAAUAAAUAAAACAUUAAGGAAUCUCUGCAGAAGUAAAAAGCCACCUUCUUUUCAGUUUGAAAUGCUGAACUGAAGAUGAUCACUUUGUUGGCCAUGACCAUGGAUGGAGGGAGUAGCACAUGCUCGGGAAACUGUAGUACCAGGAUUAACUCUAAUAAGGAAUACUGCUACUCUGCAAGAAUCCGCAGCACUGUACUGCAGGGCCUGCCAUUUGGAGGUGUACCCACUGUGCUUGCAUUGGACUUUAUGUGCUUUCUGGUUUUGCUGUUUGUAUUUUCAAUUUUGAGAAAGGUUGCUUGGGACUAUGGGCGCCUUGCUCUGGUGACAGAUGCAGACAGACAGAGACGGAAUCAGAGAGAUUGCAGAGAAGAACGGGAAUAUGUUGCUUCAGCACUUCAUUCAGAAACACCGGACAGAUAUGAACGUCUGACAUCAGUCUCUAGUUCAGUAGACUUUGACCAAAGAGACUAUGGAUUCUGUUCCUGGUUGACUGCCAUCUUCAGAAUAAAGGAUGAGGAGAUCCGAGAAAAGUGUGGUGGUGAUGCUGUUCAUUAUCUGUCCUUCCAAAGGCAUAUCAUUGGACUGUUGGUUGUUGUGGGAGUUUUGUCUGUGGGAAUAGUAUUGCCUGUAAACUUUUCUGGAGAUCUGCUUGAAAAUAAUGCUUAUAGUUUUGGACGAACCACUAUAGCAAACUUGAAAUCUGAGAAUAAUUUGCUGUGGUUACACACAUCUUUUGCCUUCCUUUAUCUCCUGUUAACUGUCUAUAGUAUGAGAAGACAUACCUCAAAAAUGCACUACAAAGAAGAUGACUUGGUAAAGCGCACCUUAUUUAUUAUUGGGAUAUCAAAAUAUGCAUCAGAAGAUCAGAUAAAACGUCACUUUGAGCAAGCUUAUAAUAAUUGCAAAGUUCUAGAAGCACGACUCUGUUACAAUGUGGCAAGGCUAAUGGCAUUGGAUGGAGAAAGGAAAAAAGCAGAACGUGGAAGGAAAUUCUUCACAGAUUUGAUGGCAAAGGAACACAUUCCCACAAUGAUCAACCCAAAACCCUGUGGACAUCUCUGCUGUUGUGUCAUCAAGGGGUGUGAACAGGUGGAAGCAGUGGAAUACUAUACCAAUUUGGAGACUAGACUAAAGGAAGAGUAUGUGAAAGAAAAGGGGAAGGUGUAUGAAAAACCACUUGGAAUGGGUUUUGUAACGUUCCAGAAUGAAGCAAUGACUGCAGUGAUCUUGAAAGAUUUCAAUGCAUGUAAGUGCCAAGGCUGUAAAUGCAGGAUGGAGCCUCAACAUUCUCAGUUCAGUGAAGGCCUCCAUGUACAUAACUGGACGGUCACCUACGCCCCUGAUCCUCAGAAUGUGUACUGGGAGCACCUCCAACUUGGAGGUAUUUCAUGGUGGCUGAGAUGUUUGGUUAUCAACUGUAUCCUUUUCAUUUUGCUGUUCUUUCUAACUACGCCUGCGAUCAUCAUCACCACAAUGGACAAAUUUAACGUCACCAAACCUGUUGAAUAUUUAAAUAACCCAAUAAUCACCCAGUUUUUUCCUACCCUGCUUCUAUGGGCAUUCUCUGCUCUUCUACCAACUAUAGUUUAUUACUCAGCCUUCUUUGAGUCUCAUUGGACCAGGUCAGGUGAGAAUCGAACAACAAUGCAUAAAUGUUACACCUUUCUUAUAUUUAUGGUCUUGCUUCUGCCAUCACUGGGGCUGAGCAGCUUGGAUGUUUUCUUUCGAUGGUUGUUUGACAAGAAAUUCUUAGCAGAAGCCAAAAUCAGGUUUGAGUGUGUUUUUCUCCCAGACAAUGGGGCUUUCUUUGUGAACUAUGUCAUUGCCUCUGCUUUCAUUGGUAAUGCCAUGGAUUUGCUGAGAAUCCCAGGGCUACUCAUGUACAUGAUCCGUCUGUGUCUGGCCCGAUCUGCAGCUGAGCGCAACGUUAAACGACAUCAAGCAUAUGAGUUCCAGUUUGGAGCAGCCUAUGCCUGGAUGAUGUGCGUCUUUACUGUAGUAAUGACCUACAGCAUCACCUGCCCAAUUAUUGUCCCAUUCGGAUUGAUGUACAUGCUGUUAAAGCACCUGGUGGACAGGUAUAACUUGUAUUAUGCAUACCUCCCGGCUAAACUAGAUAAGAAGAUCCAUUCAAGUGCUGUAAACCAAGUAGUCGCUGCACCAAUCCUGUGCCUCUUCUGGCUUCUAUUUUUUUCUACUGUUAGGACAGGAUUCUUGGCUUCAACAACAUCUAUGUUCACUUUUAUAGUGCUGAUAGUCACCAUAGUUAUUUGCCUUUCACACGUCUGCUUUGGGCACUUCAAAUACCUCAGCGCACAUAACUACAAGAUUGACUCCCAAGAUGCAGAUACAGUUGAUGGCAUAGAAAAUGGCCCCACUGUACAGACUGGUCAGUCUCCAAAGAAGAGCACGACAUAUGUUGCCCACGUGCUUCAAGAUCCAGGUUCGGAGGAGGCAGGAGGAGGCAGUGGGGAAGAGGAAGAACGAGGGUCUUCUCAGGAUGAUGAAAUGAUCAACACAGACAAUAGCAUCAAUGAGGCAGAUUUCCAGUCUGGUGAAGACAGUCUUUUAGCUAAUGAGGUUCAUCAGUAACUGGGAAAGAUGACCAGUGGAGGACAAUUACAGAUUAUUCUUUUACACUACAUUACACCAUCAGCUGAUAAUUACAUCUUUAGUCAAGGUUUAUCUUGAUUAUUGGAAUUGAUUUAAAGCACUGGUAACCAAUGAUCAGCAACUGUAAAUCUGUAAUCGCAAGAGCAACAUCAUCAAAACUAUCCUCCAGCAUUUUUGGAUGCUGAAGAUGCUACUGAGAGAGGCUGCGUUUUCUAAACACUGGAUUGUUUCGUAUUUUUUUUUUCCUUUUUUGUUGUUCUUGAUAAAAUCAUGGUGGACAUGGAGAAGUGUAUAAUUUUUAAUGGAAGAAGACUGACUACAUGAUACUAAUUGUAUAACAGACCAGCUUAUGUUACUAGCUUGGAGUCAUUAAGACUUUUAUCUGAAAAUUUGUAAAACCGGUAAAGAAUGAAAUCAUUUUGCAUAGGCGUGCAUUGUGGAAGAAAUGGGACCUUGUUUACUUCAAUGCUCUAAUUGUACAAAACAAUAAUGUUAUCUUGAUAGUGAUACCAGAGAAAAUUGGACUUUCAGCAGCAGUGCACAGCACCCCAAAAGCUCAUAUUGAUGCGAGUCCUAGCGAUCAGAUCAAAUCCCCUUCACUCCCUGGAUGUGAAUGUGGCCUGUUCAGUUUAUUUGAGUUUUAGAUGUGUGUGUGUGUGUGUGUAAAUGUAGACGCCAAGUCUUCUACAGAACUAAGCUUGUUACAGGUGAAUCGCAUUAAAAGGUAAGGAUCGUCAAAGCCUAAGGUGUAUGUUAGAAAGGGUCAACACUGUCAUUGCUCUACAUGGAAUAUAUAUUUUGUAAGAAGGAAUUUUUUUAUAUGUGCAAAAUCAAAAGUGGGGUGGCACAGCUUCUAAAAAAACGUCACAGCAAAGAAUGUAGGCCACACCAUAGAUUAUUUCAAUGCAGACCCUGGUAAAAGUAGCACAUUUUCUAGUUCAUAAUAGUAAGGUUUGCUGUAUUGUAUAUUACAGGUCAAAAAGGAACAAUAUUUGGUAUUGUUCUGCAACAUUUUAGAUGUUGUGCUUUUUUUUGUAUGUUAUCUUAGCUUUUGCAAAAUAAUGGUGCUAAUCUUGUAGCAUUUACUGUUUAAUGUACUUUUCUUUUAGUUAAAAAAGCUUUGCGUGUUUUAUGCAGCAACUUCCUUGCUACUUUACAUGCUACUGCUGUUAAAGAAUAAAAUCAAAAAAAAAAAUCUGUAGAAAGAAAAGCUGGAAAGGGAAUAAAAUGUUCAUCUAGGUUAUUUAUUUAUUUAUUUUAAUGUGGGUAAUAGCAAAAUAAUUAUUUUCAUCGGACUUCAAAUAAGCUAUAUAAUUUGACAUUAAGUUAAUGGAUGUGUUAGUUAAGUGGUAACAUUACUUGAACUGUUUCUGUUCAUUGAAAAGUUUUGUUUUGUUGUGUGUGUGUUUUAUUCCCCUAUUUUGGGCACCCCUUUGACUGUUUCUUGAGUUACAGACAUUCACUACUAGUGACUUAAGUAUUGAUUUAAAUGUUCAUUACCUCUAAUGAGUACAGAAGAUUGCUUCUGCCACGUUUCAGGGUUGUAAUUAUCAUGGUAGUGCUUUCCAAACCACCCAGUAUAGACAGAGCUAUUUAACACCAGAUGUAUUUAUUCCGUCAUAUGCGCUUCUUCCAUUUGUUUUAGGACCCCUCAUUAGAAACUGACCCCAUACUGCAUGGUCUCAUUUCGACUACCUGAUGGGUAAAGUUUCAAUUCACACCUGUUUAAGAGACUUGGAGAUGCACAGGCAAUUUAGACAUUUGCUUAUUUAUCUUGUAAUAGUUCAGAGCUUACUAGUUAUUGUUUUACUGUUCUGCUUGACACACAAGUCAGGGAAGACAUUUGUAAAAACAAAUCUCCAUCAUUAGAAAGUGUUUGAAAAAAGAAAGUUUCUUUGCAGUGUGCUCUUUAAUGGUGUUCUGGAAUUAGUUGUGCUGGAAAUAUAUAGCACUUUAUAAAACGUUAUUCUUUAUAUAAGUUUGUCUUGUGUGUGAAUGUAAAAGUUGUUCCUAUAUUGCGAAUAUUAGGUGUGUUGUACUGCUUCUUAAACCUUUCAGUUGCACAAUUAUAUGUUAGCCAUAGACUACGGAUAGUUAAGGAAAUGUUUUCUGUAAAAGAUAACAUGCACAUUUUCACUUUUAAGGUUAAGUUGGAAGUUUGUUUUUUUUUUCUUUUUUUUGUAAAGUCCUAGUUAUUUUCCAGCUGGUAUGGAAAUGAAAAUGAAAAUCCAACUCUUGGGCUGUUCAUGUGCCCACAACUUUGAAAACUAAGUGAUACAAUUUGCUUAUCCAGACAAAUGAAAUGAAUUAUGAUCAUUGUGAUAAGCUUUUGUUAUUGUCAAUUAAUUGAACAAUUAUCCAUAAAAAGAAACUAGGGCUUGUUCUGACUGAAAUUAAUUAUUUUUGUCAAAUCAGUAUACUACUUUUAACUGUCUGUCAACCCUCUGUGAAUGUAGAGUACAUUUGUGCCCCAGUGUUGGUAAUUAAUAUGAAGUGUAAUAUUUAAAAAGCAGAUUGGGGCGUUACUAAAUUCAUUGUAACAUUUACCAAUAGUUUAAUUCCUUUAUGCAUGUUUCCCUAAGUCAUAAUUGAUAUGGUGGCUGCAGUUAUUUUAACCACUAGGAUGUGACCUUUACCAGUGUUUAUUCAAUUUACUGUUUUUUGAAGCACCGAACAAAUUACCUUCAGAUCUUAUUUUUAUUCAAAUAGAUAGGCAAUAAGUGUCUGAAGAUUUUUUUUUACUUGAGGUAGAACAGCAGGCAGCUUUUGCUUGCCUUUUUUAUUUUUUCUAGUAUAAGUUUGUAUUGAGACGCAUUGUCAAUCAAAGAUACAUUCCAAACUAUGCACAUGUAAUCAGAACUAAUGAUUUGACUUUUAUUUAGGAUAUAAAGUAAAAUUGUUUGCUAUCAUGGUUUACGUAAAUUCUUAAUGAUUGGAAUGAAAACUAAUGACAUAAAUUUAGGUAUUGCCCAAUACAAGUGUUUACUAUUGCACUGUUAGAGAUCAGGAAAUAACCCACUUAUGAAAUCAUUUUUUACAUAUUAAAAUAAUUCCUCUCUUGGCUAAAUAGUAACAUUUAAGUAGGCCAGAGGUUCCAUAACUUUGGUGCCAUGUCUAAGUACACCCAGUGCUUCUGGACGAGACUGUGCCCAAAGUGCAAUUGUGAAUUACAAAAAGCAGGUUUGAAAAAUUAUGUUGGAAAGAGAGAUUUAAAAGUUGCGAAUUAAUUUGAAGUUUAUCGGGUAGGUUGGUGGUUCUCAAUAAUGCAUGUCAGAAAAAGGUGCGCUUAGUGUGAAGUGAAAUCAAAGUCAUAGUAGCCAUUUCAUAAGCAACUGACUGGAAAUGCUGAAAACCUUAGAAAGUUAAAAUCAUGUUUAUAAUAUUCAUGAUAAGAAUUGUUCUGCCAUGAGGAGAGUAAUAAAAAGGAAGCAGGAGUGGAAAAUAAAUGAAUUAUCCAGUACCAAGUACAGGAAGGACAUGGAGCUUGAUAGGAGUUGAAUGCUUUCAAAGAAUAGUUCUCCCAAUAUGCGUUUGGCACUCCAUAUGCAAAAUAUCAGUUCUCUCAAGAGGAGCUAGUCGCAUUUCAGAAAAUGUUGUCUUUUCAAGGUUUAGUAUAUAAAGAUGUUUAGACAAUUUACAGUGGCUACAGAAUGCACAACAGGUGUCCAGAAGAUUUUAUAACCUUUAUUGAAGUCUAUUAAAAUGCUAACUGUAAAAAUCACAACAAAAUCCAUAUGCUUAAAAAUCUAAACAGACAUUUGCGAAUGCAUUCAAACACUUCAGAUGUUAUAAGAACUGUCAGAAACAAAGUGCUGAAUAUGCAAAUAUGUUUUAAUUUUUUUGCUUUGUAAACCUGAAUUAUAUGUUAUUCGAUCAAGAGCAAUGGUGAGUAACUUUUAGAAUUUUGACCUGCAAUGCAUACUUAAAAUCCGUUUUCCCAUACUGUCUGUAUCAAUCAUUGUACACAAGUAACUUUUUACAUUCUGAUUUCUUUUUACUCUAAAAGAUCAAUGAUGCAGCGGUAUUAGAAGACCAAACCUUUUUGUUAUAUUUUUUAUAUUUUUCCAAGUACCAAAAUAAUCAUGACAGCUUUUUGAACUAUGAAAGUGUCUUUACGUGAAUGAUUUGGAUCCUCUGUACGUGUCAUUGCCCACUAUGACACCUGACGUUUUAGUUAACCGUAUUCUACUGACUUCAGUAGCUGUUUUUAGUACAAGGUUGGUAUAAAAUUUGAAGUUAAGGUAACUACCUUUUUUGCUGCUGUGCAAAUGCUUUACAAAGAUUGCUAGGUCGGUCACGGUUUUUUCAAAUGUGAAAUUUCCCUUGUAUAUAUCUUACGAAAACAGCACUAUCAGCGGAACUAAUGGUAGUGUGAUAUUACUAGGUACAUAUGUACAGUUUGCAUACGUGAUUUGGAGGCAGGGAGGAUAAGUAAACAUGUACAGUAUUUUGCCACAAUUGUAUAUUUUUUAAUUUAUUCCUUAUGUCUGGCUUAUCAUCCAAUGUGACAUCUCGUGCUUUCCUCAGCAAUGUCCCUAUGGUUUACUCUGUAUUUCACUAAACAAAAUGCGAUUUCAGAAAGCAAAUUCUGUUCUUGUUUGUCUGCUUUUUUUAAUGUCUGUAACACAUUUGUAAAUGUAUUCUAAUUCCCUAAACAAUAAACCUGGUGUUUACCCUGAUUUACCAGUGGCA